AUGCAAUACGUUUCCUUGUACACGAGCAUUUCUUUCCAACUGACUGAGCUUGAAUUAGUUAUUAUGCGAAAUAUCCUUGAAAUCAACUACCGUGAUCUUGAAUACCUUGUGAUAAAAGCCUGGGUAAACCAUCUUCUUGAUGAACAUAACAUCUUUUUCAAAGGCUUUUUGGAUGAAACCAAUAGGGUUGAAAAGAUCACCGACAUUGCAAGCUUGAUUUCCGUUAUCCCAUUCAAGUAUAAAAGGGUGCUUUUCUCUUUUCUUCCCAACAUCGGUGAAGAUAAAUAUCUUUGGGCAUAUUCUAACAAGUUAAAAAUCGAUUCUAGUGACGGAAAGUCGUCAAAAAUACAACCAAAUAUCACUGACCUUAAAAAGGCUAUCCAAGAUGCUGACUAUAAACUGUCUCAAGAUACUAACUAUAAACUGUCUCAAGAUACUUUUCCGAGAUUAGAGCUGCCGAUCUGUCCGAGUGACUUUAGAUAUUUUCGCUUCCGCAGUGGUACCUCUUUUCUAUACGAUCUAGCUGGAUCAUCUAAAAAUUUACCUGAUUUUACGAACAGAUUGAAUUCUCAUUAUCUCAAUUCUAUAAGAUUUUAUCUUUCUAUGGAAAAAAAUACUCCCGAAUACAAAAUUGUUUCCUUAUUUCACGUCAUUUUCGUGGUUUUCAAUAACUUUUUAGAUAAAGAAAAGCUCUCAACCUUCAUUUAUGACUUGAAAAAAAAAAAGUUCCCUCACGAGAUGCUCGAUAUUUAUGAAAAACACAACGGAUUCCAGUCACCCUCUUCUGAUGAAUCAGCUGAAAUUGUUAAAACGCUUCCAAAACCUCCUGCCGAUUAUGAAAAUCUCUUAAGCAUAACGAUGAAAAGAAAAGCGCUUUCAUCGGAUCUGUUCAAGGCAAAUGCAAGCUUUACAUUGUUUAGUGAUGCUGCUUCCCUUGAAGAGAAAUUGAAAUCAAUAGUGUCCACUGAUGAGCUUCUUUAUGGGUUUCCCCUGGGAGCCUUAAAAGACCCCAGGCUUCUCGCCCAAAUACUUCUUUGCGGGUCUGUUGAGGAACUGGGGGCUUUUUUCACUGUCAGUGCUGAAAAGGUCCCAGAGCUUCUUGAUCUUUUGUGGUCCCAUUUCAUUACAUUCUUUUAUUGCAAGUCUCCUCGUUUUAAAAAAAGUCCCUUUUGCCAGGCCCGGGUCGAGAAAAAUGAAGCUUUUACUGAAAAUAUGCACGCAAGUGGGUUUUUAAACAUUUUUAAGAGGAAAAAAAUACCUACUGGUCCAUUACCGGUCAUUGUGCAAGACAAAGUUUUCAUUUUGAUCGAGUUUUUCACGGGAUUUCCCUUGUAUGAAGAACAAAAGACCAUCAUAUCAAAAAUUUUAAACGAAACGAUGCAUGGAAACUCGUAUGUCGUGCAACAAGGAAUGGCUGGCGGAAAGACUACGCGUUUCGGUCCCGCUGCCGCAAUCUUGGCAACGUCGAUUUUGAGGAAACUGCCGAUCUUCGUCUUUCCCAAUUCCAUCCUCAACCAGAACAUUUUGCAACUGCGGCAAUGGCUUUUUGACUUUUUCGGGAAAGGAGUUUUCGAGUUCAAAGCAGAACGAUCGCUUUAUGGGUACAGCGAGUCGUAUUUGCGCCAUCUUUACUAUCGCCUUACAAUGGCGCAUCAUCGUGGAGAUGCAUUCGUGUCUUCGAUAAACAGCAUCCAAUGUCUGUUGAAUGCUAUCAAGGAACUGUAUUUGCAAAACACGGACGCGUCAAAAAGGUCUUUUGUUUGGGUUGUGAGGAUCUUGUAUUUCAUCAAGUACUACUCGAUAUUUGUUGGCGACGAAGUGGAUGAAAUCAUAGAUCUUUCCAUUCUGUACAACUUUGACA